CUGUCAAGAACUGAAGAUGCUUUGGCGAAUGCGAGACAGUACCAAUUAAUUCAAGGACUACUUCCUGAUUCACCACAGGUAAAAGUAGCCACCGUAAAAGAUUUGUAAAUGUAAUAAAAUGCACACUAAAUUUCCGUCCACGGAUGGUAUGGGUGAUGAUGUCAAUGUAAGGUGUAUGGGUACAUAUCAGGAUUUUGGGCAUCUACACUCAAUAUAACUAAUUAUAAUUAGUUAUAUUGAGUGUAGAUGCCCAAAAUCCUGAUAUGUACCCAUACACCUUACAUUGACAUCAUCACCCAUAAUAAAUAGCGAUCUGUGCAUGUCGAAUAAUUAGGAACGUUCUUAUUAUACGCUUAGCAAAUAACUCUUGAUAUACUCAGGGACCUUCCCAUACAUGCCAACUGCAUCCUUAAGAAUUAAUUAAGUCGCAUCCACUUCUACCCAUUGAACCGGAUUCUCUGUUUUUGAGUUGUUUAUAAACUAAUUUGUUAAUUCAUGUUUCCUUAUCAAAUACAGGGAGGUGAAGAGCUAACAAACGCCUAUGGAAUGAUGCAGUCUCUCCAUGAGCAAAAACAAGCAUUAAUUGCUUCCGUGGAAAUUAAGGAAUCUGCCAUCACUGAUUUACAACAGGCAGUCCGCAACCUGGAACAUGUCCAAAGAAAUAUCAAAACAGAACUGGAAACAAGCAGGAGAAAUGAAAGCAUUGCAAGAUUGAGAGUACAACAAUUGAAAAACAUGUGCGACAAUUUCUACGUACAAGUCACUGGACUAAUCUCUCAAGCACAAGAAUCUGAAUAUCAAACAAGUUCGCUGAGAGAAGAAAUAAGCAGGUUAAGACAAGAAGUAAUUUGUUUAAGCGAAGAAAUUGAUACCCUACUUGUCACCAGGGAAUGUACACCCUUUGCUUCAUAA